UGUCUGGUUUACUAGUGAGAGAGAGAGAGAGAGAGAGAGAGAGAUAAGAGCAUCAAGAUGUUUAACGCGGGGCUGAACUUGGUGCCGGAUAUUCUGGGCGGCAACAAGCAUGGCAAGAUCAAAGGCACGGUGGUGCUCAUGAGCAAGAAGGUUCUUGACUUCAACAAUCUCAAUCUCAACGCCGGCAUCAACAUCGGUCUCGGCGUGGCCGGCUCCGUCUUGGACGGCCUCCGCCAGUUCUUGGGCGGCGCCGUUUCCUUUCAGCUCAUCAGUGCCAAUAAGGCCGAUCCCGGAAAUGGGUUGGGAAAGCUUGGAAAACCCGCGUCGCUGGAAGGGUUUGUGACCACGCUGCCAACGCUCUUGGAAGGACAGAAUGCCUUCAGUGUCCACUUUGAUUACAAUGAAGACUUCGGAGUUCCUGGAGCCUUCGUGAUCAGGAACAAUCUUGUUACCGAAUUCUAUCUCGUCAGCGUCACGCUUGACGAUAUCCCAAAUCAUGGAACCCUCCACUUUGUUUGCAAUUCCUGGAUCUACCCUGCCGGCUAUUACAAGAGCGAUCGCAUCUUCUUCGCCAACAAGGCAUAUGUUCCUAAUAAAACACCACAAGCUUUGGUCAAAUACAGACAACAAGAGCUCAUUACUUUAAGAGGAGAUGGAUUCUCACAACUCCAGGAACACGAUAGAGUCUAUGAUUAUGCUACCUACAAUGACUUGGGCUGGCCAGAUCUCAACCAGAGCUUUGCCCGCCCUACUCUUGGAGGCUCUUCCGAAUAUCCUUACCCACGUAGAGGAAGAACUAGCAGGCCACCGUCUAAAUCAGAUCCUAACACUGAGAGUAGACUUCUUCCUGGAGUUCAAAACUUCGAUAUCUAUGUUCCAAGGGAUGAACGAUUUGGUCACGUUAAAUUGUCGGACUUUCUGACCUAUUUGCUGAAAUCUAUUUCUCAAGAUUUGAAGCCAUUGUUGGAAUCGGCAUUCAAUUUCAUGUCCAAUGAGUUCGAGAGCUUUGAUGAAGUCCGCGAACUCUAUGAAGGUGGAUUUCAACUGCCUCAAGAUGUACUUAAGAAUAUCAGCGAAAAAAUGCCUCUACCUAUGCUCAAGGAAAUCUUCCGUACUGAUGGUGAACAAUUUCUCAGAUAUCCUACUCCUAAAGUUAUUAAAGAAAACAAGUCUGAAUGGAUGACUGAUGAAGAAUUUGCAAGAGAAAUGUUGGCUGGUGUGAAUCCAGGUGUAAUUCAGGCUCUCCAAGAGUUCCCCCCAAAAAGCACUCUGGAUGUUAGGGUCUAUGGUGAUCAAACGAGCAAAAUAACCAAAGAGCAACUGGAGCAAAAUAUGGGUGGAGUGACAGUGGAUGAGGCACUCCAAGGCAAGAGAUUGUUCAUCUUAGACCACCACGACGCAUUCAUGCCAUAUCUGAGGAAGAUAAAUGAAACUUCAAAAAAGGCUUAUGCCACUAGGACGAUUCUUUUCUUGAAGGACGAUGGGACUUUGAAGCCAUUGGCUAUUGAGCUAGGUUUACCCCAUCCCGAUGGAGAUCAACAAGGCUUUCUAAGUAGGGUCGUCUUGCCUGCAGAUCAAGGGGUUGAGGGUACCAUCUGGCUGUUGGCUAAAGCCUAUGUGACUGUAAACGACUCUGGCUAUCAUCAACUUGUUAGCCACUGGCUAAAAACUCAUGCAGUCAUUGAGCCAUUUGUCAUAGCAACUAACAGGCAACUCAGUGCUCUUCAUCCUAUUUAUAAACUUCUCUUUCCUCACUAUCGUGACACGAUGAAUAUAAAUGCUCUUGCUCGACAAGCCUUGAUCAACGCAAAUGGAAUUAUAGAGUUGUCAUUCUUGCCUGGACAAUACUCGAUAGAGAUGUCAUCCAAGGUUUACAAGAACUGGGUUUUCCCUGAUCAAGCACUAACAGCCGAUCUUAUCAAAAGAGGAAUGGCUGUUGAGGAUCCAGAAUGUCCUCAUGGGCUUCGCCUGGUGGUAGAGGACUACCCUUUUGCUGUGGAUGGACUUGAGAUAUGGGCUGCUAUUAAGACAUGGGUUCAUGACUAUGUUUGCUGCUACUAUGAGAACAAUGAAGAUGUUAAGCAAGACCCUGAACUACAAGCUUGGUGGAAAGAACUUGUAGAAGUUGGUCACGGAGAUUUGAAAGAUCAGCCUUGGUGGCCAAAAAUGCACACUCGUGAAGAGCUUAUUGAAACCUGCACUAUUGUCAUCUGGACUUCUUCAGCCCUCCAUGCAGCUGUCAAUUUUGGACAAUAUCCUUAUGGAGGUUAUAUAGUAAAUCGUCCAACUCUCAGCAGGAGAUUGCUUCCCGAAGAAGGAACCGCAGAUUAUGAAGAGUUGAAGACAAACCCAGAGAAAGCUUUCUUGAAAACAAUAACACCAAAGUUGCAAACCCUUGUUGACCUUUCGGUUAUAGAAAUAUUAUCAAGGCAUGCCUCUGAUGAGGUCUAUCUUGGGACAAGGGACAAUCCUAACUGGACUUCUGAUGCGAAGCCAUUGGAAGCCUUCAAGAAGUUCGGAAAGAAGCUGGAAGAGAUUGAGAAAAAACUGAUAGAAAGGAACAACACAGUGACACUAAGAAACAGGGUUGGGCCAGUCAACAUGCAUUACACCCUCUUGUACCCUACAAGUGAGGAAGGACUCACCUGCAGGGGAAUUCCAAACAGUAAAGAAGGAAAGAUGUUAAGUUCAGGAGUGAACUUUGUGUCUGAUAUCUUUGGUCACAACAAAGGAAAGAUCAAAGGAACAGUGGUGUUGAUGAGCAAGAAGGUCUUGGAGUUCAAUAAUUUGGACCUCAAAGCUGGAAUCAACUUGGGUCUUGAUGCUGCCUCCUCUAUCUUCGAUGGUCUUCAUCAAAUAAUUGGUGGAGCUGUCUCUGUUCAAUUGAUUAGCUCCACCAAAGCUGAUCCUGGGAAUGGUUUGGGGAAACUUGGGAAGGCUGCACCGUUGGAAGGUUUCAUUCGGACAUUGCCAACGUUGUUGAAUGGUCAAGCAGCAUGUAGGGUUCAUUUUGAGUACGAUGAUGGGUUUGGGUUGCCAGGAGCUUUUGUGAUCAGAAACAAUCUUCACAAUGAAUUCUUUCUUGUGAGUCUCACACUUGAUGACAUCCCCAAUCAUGGCUCCAUCCACUUUGUUUGCAACUCUUGGAUUUAUCCUCGUACCAAGUACCAAACCGAUCGCAUCUUCUUCGCCAACAAGGCAUAUCUGCCAAGUCAAACUCCAACGCCAUUGAGGAAAUACAGAGAACAGGAACUCAACACUUUAAGAGGAGAUGGAUUCUCAGAGUGCAAAGAAUGGGAUAGAGUCUAUGAUUAUGCUACUUAUAACGACCUGGGUGAUCCUGAUGAGAAGGAAGCCCUAGCUCGUCCAACUCUUGGAGGCUCUAGCGGUUAUCCUUAUCCUCGUAGAGGAAGAACCAGCAGGCCACCUAACAAAUCUGAUCCGAGCACUGAGAGCAGGCUUCUUUUCCUGGUUGAAAACUUCGAUAUCUAUGUGCCACGAGAUGAGAGGUUUGGGCACACCAAGUUAUCAGAUUUCUUGGCAUAUUUGCUCAAAUCUGUGGCUCAAGAUCUGAGGCCUUUAUUGGAAUCAGCAUUUAGAUUAUCAAAUGAGUUCAAAGACUUCGAUAAUGUUCGUGAUCUUUAUAGUGGUGGGUUGAAGCUUCCACACGACUUGUUUAAGCAAUUUAGUGAGAAAUUGCCUAUUCCAUUGCUCUCUGAACUUUUCCGAACUGAUGGAGAACAGUUUCUCAGAUUUCCUACUCCCUCGGUCAUCAGAGAAAAUGUUUCUGGAUGGAUGACUGAUGAAGAAUUUGCAAGAGAGACGCUUGCUGGUGUGAAUCCUUGCUUAAUCCAGGGUCUCCAAGAGUUUCCCCCAAAAAGCAAGCUAGAUGCUAGUCUCUACGGUGACCAAACCAGCAAAAUAACCAAAGAACAAUUGGAGAAAAACAUGAAUGGAGUCACAGUGGAUGAGGCGCUCACCAGCAAGAGAUUGUUCAUACUAGACCACCAUGACGCAUUCAUGCCAUACCUGAGACGGAUAAAUAGUGAAACUGGAAAUAAGACUUACGCCACAAGAACAGUCUUUUUCUUGAAAGAUGAUGGAAGUUUGAAGCCAUUGGCCAUUGAAUUAAGCUUACCUCAUCCGGAUGGAGACCAACACGGUGCUGUUAGUAAGGUGAUCCUGCCUGCCGACCAAGGCGUUGAGGCUACCAUCUGGCUCUUGGCCAAAGCUUAUGUAACUGUUAACGACUCUGGCUUCCACCAACUUGUUAGCCACUGGCUAAAUACACAUGCAGUUAUUGAGCCAUUCAUCAUAGCAACGAACAGGCAACUAAGUGUGCUUCAUCCUAUUCACAAACUUCUGCACCCUCAUUUUCGUGACACCAUGAAUAUUAAUGCACUGGCUCGACAAGCUUUGAUCAACGCAAAUGGCAUUAUAGAGUUAUCAUUCUUGCCUGGGAAAUACUCCAUGGAGAUGUCUUCUAAGGUUUACAAGGACUGGGUUUUUCCUGAUCAAGCCCUACCUGCCAACCUCAUUAAAAGAGGGAUGGCAGUUGAAGAUCCAACUUCUCCUCAUGGACUUCGUCUUGCAGUAGAGGAUUACCCUUUUGCUGUGGAUGGACUUGAGAUAUGGGAUGCGAUUAAGACAUGGGUUCAAGACUAUGUUUCUUGCUACUAUGAGGCAGAUGAGACUGUUAAAGCAGACUCUGAACUACAAGCUUGGUGGAAAGAACUUGUGGAAGUUGGCCAUGGAGAUUUGAAAGAUAAGCCAUGGUGGCCUAAGAUGCAAACACGAAAGGAACUUAUUGAAUCUUGCACUAUUGUCAUAUGGACUGCUUCAGCUCUUCAUGCUGCUGUUAAUUUUGGACAAUAUCCUUAUGGAGGUUACAUUCUGAACCGUCCAACACUGAGUAGAAGAUUCAUUCCUGAAAAAGGAACUGAAGAAUAUGAAGAGAUGAAGAAGAACCCAGAAAAAGCUUUCUUGAAGACAAUAACACCAAAGAUUCAGACACUAAUUGAUCUUUCAGUGAUUGAGAUAUUGUCAAGGCACACUUCUGAUGAGGUUUAUCUUGGGACAAGGGACAGUCCUGAUUGGACUAGUGAUGUUAAGCCAUUGGAAGCCUUUAAGAAGUUUGGGAAGAAGCUUGCUGAGAUUGAAGAAAGGCUCAUAGCGAAGAAUAAAGAUGAGAAAUUGAGGAACAGGGUUGGGGUUGUUAAUGUGCCCUACACUUUGCUUUAUCCCACAAGUGAAGAAGGGCUCACGGGUAGGGGCAUUCCAAACAGCAUCUCCAUUUGAUCAAAAUGUCUCAACUUUUUGU